AUGGUGGACGUCGCGCUUCAGCAGAUGGAGGCCAUGCUGCGGGCUCUGAUGAGCACAGACAACGCCGUGCGCAACCAGGCGGAGGAGGCGCUCGCGCAGGCCCGGCAGGCGCCGGACUCGCUUUUUAGUGCGCUCAUCGCCAUGCUGCGCAGCAACCAGGACGAGCAGGUGCGCUCGCUCGCGGCGGUGCUGCUGCGCAAGGAGAUCAUCCGGCUGCUGGCGCAGUCGGCCGACGCGCAGGGAGUGACCGUCUCGACGCAGGUCAAGGCGCUGCUCAAGAGCGAGCUCCUCGCCUGCAUCGAGCAGGAGCCGCAGCGGUCCAUCCGGAAAAAGGCGUCGGAUGUGGUGGGGCAGCUGGCCAUCAACAUCAUGAGCAACGACCCGUCCGGCUGGCCCGAGCUCUUCCCGUGGAUGCUCGAGGGCACCCGCUCGACCAACGUGCCGCUGCACGAGGCGGCGCUCGCCAUCUUCAACACGCUGUCCGAGUUCAUCGCCGAGAAGAUGGCCGCGCACCACGGCAUGCUCCUCGACGUCUUCCGCUCCUCGCUGCAGGCGCAGCAGGAGCUGUCCGUCCGCAACGCGGCGCUGCGCGCGCUCGCCUCCUUUCUGAUGGCGCUCUCGGAGCCGUCACAGCGGGUGCCGUUCCAGGAGCUGGUGCCGCUGAUGCUGCAGACCAUCUCGGACGCGCUCGCGCGCGGCAUGGAGGACGAGUGCCGCGAGGCGCUCGAGGUCUUCGUCGAGGUUGCCGAGUCGCAGACCAAGUUUCUGAAGAGGCACCUUGCCGAGUGCGUCACCGGCGCGCUCGCACCCCGCCGGCCGCUCGCGUGCGUCGACGGCUCGGCCUUUCUGCUGACGAUCGCCGAGGGCGCGCCGACGCUCGCGCGCAAGAUGCCUCGCUUCUGCGCCGACACGGUGCCGGUCGCGCUGGCGAUGAUGCUCGAGCUGGAGUGCGACACGGCGCAGGAGCUGCAGGAGUGGGAGGACGAGGACGAGGACGAGGAGGACACCGAGGUGACCAACUACGACGUUGGCGAGGAGGCGCUCGACCGGCUCGCCAUCGCGCUCGGCGGAAAGGCGAUGAUGCCCGUCCUCUUCGGAAUCAUCCAGGAGUGGUUCCCGUCGGACGACUGGAAGAAGCGGCACGCUGCGCUCAUGGCCAUCUCCCAGUCGGGCGAGGGCUGCGAGGCCCAGAUGGCCAAGCAGCUCGAGCCCAUCGUCACCACCAUCGUCACCCGCUUCGGCGACGCCCACCCGCGCGUCCGCUGGGCGGCCAUCAACACCAUCGGCCAGAUGUCGACCGACUUUGGGCCGCAGCUGCAGGCCAAGCUGCACUCGUGCGUCCUCCCCGCCCUCGUCUCGGCGAUGGACGACGGCUGCAAGCGCGUCAAGGCCCACGCGGCCGCCGCCGAGCUGCUGCGCAACUCUGGCGGCAAGGAGUACCGCAUGCUGCGCGGCAAGGCGAUGGAGUGCAUCUCGCUGAUCGGCGUCGCCGUCGGCAAGGACAAGUUCGGCCCCGACGCCAAGGACGUGAUGGAGCUGCUCAUCAAGACGCAGCAGGGCGCCGAGCUCGACACGGACGACCCGCAGGUCUCCUUCAUGCUGCAAGCCUGCGCGCGCAUCUGCAAGUGCCUCGGCGAGCACUUCCAGCCGUACCUGCCGUUCGUCAUCCCGCCGCUGCUCGCGUCGGCGCAGCUCGACCCCGAGCUGCACGUGACGGACGUGGACGACGAGGACGGCGACCAGGAGGACGAGGAGGGGAUGGAGAGCGUGACGGUCAACAUCCGCGGGCAGGGCAACAAGCGGAUCACCAUCCGCACCUCUGCGCUCGAGGAGAAGGCGACGGCGUGCAGCAUGCUGCACUCGUACGUGGCCGACCUCAAGGAGGCCUUCUUCCCGUACGUGCAGGAGGUGGCCACCAUCCUAGUGCCGCUGAUCAAGUUCCAGUACAUGGACGAGGUGCGCACCGCCGCGAUGAUGGCGAUGCCCGAGCUGCUCGACUCGUGCAUCCUCGCCCUCGCUAAGGGGGCGAGCGGCGCGUCGGCGGCGCUGGUCAGCCAGCUGCUCUGCUUCAUGCUCGAGCCGAUCCUGGAGCAGCUCAAGGCGGAGCCGGACGUGGAGACGCUCGCCUGCCAGCUCGAGGCCUUCGGGGAGCUGCUCGCGCACGGCGGCAGCUGCGAGCACGCCAAGCUCAGCGCGGAUCAGAUCCAGAAGAGCACAGAGGCGGCGGGGAAGCUCUUCGAGGUGUACCAGUCGGGCUACCUGCCCUACUUUGACUCGCUGCUGAUGCCGACCGUGUCCGAGAUGCUGCAGCCCACCGCGAUCGCCUCCUCGCGCGCCGCCGCCCUCUGCCUCUUUGACGACGUGAUUGAGCACUGCUCCGCCGACGGCGGCUCGAGCCGCUACAUCGCCGGCAUCUUCCCCGCGCUGCUGCAGUACAUGGGCGACGAGACGACCGAGGUGCGGCAGGCGGCGGCGUACGGCAUCGCGAUGCUCGGCGAGCGGUGCAACGACGCCACCUUCACCGAGGCGAUGAUGCAGCAGGCGGCGCAGGCGCUGGUCCUCGCGGUGGACGCGCCGGGCGCGUGGGAGGAGGAGCACGCUUCGGCGUCGGACAACGCCAUUUCUGCGCUCGGCAAGAUUUGCAAGCGCUCCGACGCCAUCGGCGCGGUGGGCUGGCCGCGCUGGCUCGAGGCGCUGCCGCUGCGCGCCGACCGGGAGGAGGCGCGGCACGUGCACGCGACGCUGUGCGAGCAAGUCGAAAAGUCGAACACGCAGCUCCUCGGCGCGAACCACGAGCGGCUGCCUGACGUGAUCUGUGUCUUUGGCCGGCUGCUCGGCACCGACCUGAUCGCCGACGAGUACCUGCCGCGGAUCGGGCACCUCCUCAAGCAGGCGCGGACGCGGACGCGGCCUGGCCCCUCCCGGUCGGCCGCACCCCCUCACCCUCCCUCUCCGCCUCUCGCCGCGCAGGUGCACAGCGGGCUGCCGCAGGUGCUCCAGCAGCUGCCGUCGCACCCCAAAUUCGCGCUCCUGUCCGAGGAGAACCGCGCUGAGCUGGAGAAGGCCCUCUCGAGCUGA